AUGGUCCUCACCCGGCUGAUGAAGAAGCCGGGGUUCAGAGAGCGCGCGCAGCGUUCCCGGGGAGUUGUCGACACCGGUUCGCGGCACGUGGCUCAGCACGUGGCUGGGUUCCUGGCUCCGGGCGCCCUGGAGCCGCCGGCUUCCGUCGCCGAGGCGGUGUCGUCCUUGACCAUCGCCGACGCGUUUAUCGCGGCCGGCGAGAGCCCCACCCCGCCGCCUGCCGCUCUCCCUCGGAGGUUCAUCUGCUCCUUCCCCGACUGCAGUGCCAAUUACAACAAGGCGUGGAAACUAGACGCGCACCUGUGCAAGCACACGGGGGAGAGACCGUUCGUUUGCGACCAUGAAGGCUGCGGCAAAGCCUUUGUCCGGGACUACCACCUGAGCCGCCACGCCCUGACCCACACCGGGGAGAAGCCCUUCGUCUGUGCAGCUAGCGGCUGUGAUCAAAAAUUCAACACAAAAUCAAACUUGAAGAAGCAUUUUGAACGGAAACAUGAAAACCAGCAAAAACAGUAUGUAUGCAGCUUUGAAGGUUGUAAGAAGACCUUUAAGAAACACCAGCAGCUGAAAACCCACCAGUGCCAGCACACCAACGAACCGUUGUUCAAGUGUGCCCACGACGGAUGCGGGAAACACUUCGCUUCCCCCAGCAGCCUGAAGCGGCACGGGAAGGUCCACGAAGGCUAUAUUUGUCAAAAAGAAUGUUCUUUUGUGGCAAAAACAUGGACAGAGCUUCUGAAACACGUGAGAGAAACUCAUAAAGAGGCGCUCCCGUGCGGCGUCUGCGGGAGAACAUUUAAACGCAAGGAUCACCUGCGGCAGCACGCGAAGACGCACGCCCCCGAGCGGGACGUGUGCCGCUGUCCCCGGGAGGGCUGCGGCCGGACCUACACCACCGUGUUCAACCUCCAGAGCCACAUUCUCUCGUUCCACGAGGAGCAGCGCCCGUUCGUGUGCCCGCAGGCCGGCUGCGGCAGAGCCUUCGCCAUGAAGCAGAGUCUCAGCAGGCACGCCGUCGUGCACGACCCCGACAAGAAGAAGAUGAAGCUCAAGGUGAAGCCAUCUCGAGAAAAACGGAGUCUGGCCUCUCGACUCAGCGGGUAUAUCCCUCCGAAGAGGAAACAGGACCAGGGCGUGUCUUUGCCUAGAAGCAAGGCGUCGCUGGACGGCCCCGAGUGCCACGGGCCCUCCGCCGUCAGGAUGCUGAGCCCAGCUGAACACGGGACUGCCCUGCUUGGAGGACCACAGACCAGCCAGCUCAGUUAGGUCCCCUCAGAAGCACGCUUUUAUUAAAAUCACUGGUGCAGCACGUCGGAGGCCCCAUGGUUCCCGUCUUCUCUGCUCAGCGGGUCUCCUCUCGGGGGCCCCUGUGCCGCUCUGUUCGCUUCCUCCUUUCUGCUCAAGGGGCGAAGAACACACAUCAUUGCCUUUCCCCCUCUGAUGAGCUGUGGCCUGGAAGAGAAGGUAGCUAUUCCAGGCAUAGUCUGGAGGAUUUGGUUGCAUAGCUCCUCCUAGAAAAGGAAAACAGCCAAACACUUGUGAUUCUUUCCAGUGUAAGAAUGCUGAUUUUCAUACCCGUAAAACCCAGCAUUUUUGAACUCCUGCUAUUUCAGGGACUUGCCAAAUCAAACCGCACGUACCUGGUUAAGCUGAUUGCAACCUGUACCGUAACCAGGCGGUUAUACAGCCUCCAUGUCACUGGGCUAAUGCACUCGGGCUGGAUAGUUCUAAAUCCCCCGUCGUGGCACCUAGGGGUGUGUUUGGCCCAGGCUACCCUCUCGCAGAAAGUACAAAGCAGCGGGUUUGGGCUGCUUAUCCCCAAGCUGUUAGCCCAGUGCUGUUCCCAACACUGGACACACAGACGUAUAGGGGAUUAGGAAGAAACAGACGUGCAGUUCUAGAGAUUCUGGAUCAGCUGGGCUGGGCCCUCGGCCUCAGUGAUUCUAACGUGGAACUGGGGCUGAAGACCCUGCCUGUGAGCUGCUGUUGGAUAAUCCAACUCCAGAAGCACGACCACGCCCUCCAGCCUCAUCCUGGGGCUGCAGACUGCUGUACGCUUCCUAGCAGACGAUUGCACUUGAGAGGCAGUGCUUCUCAUAGGCCUUUAUAAAGAACAAACUGCAGAAGAUGAACCCAAGUAGUUUUUAGUUUUCCUAUUUAAAUGUUAGAUACUCAACAAUUUGUAAAAUAGAACAGCAUGCAGCCCUUUAGUUAUGAAGUAGACGGUUUUACGUGGCAAAGUAUUUAUGCCACAAGGAAAAAGUAAUGUAUGCACAGUAUGCGUGCAUUUUGAGAAACAAAUUGGGAGUUCCUCUCGUGGCACAGGGAAUCGAAUCUGACUAGGAAGCAUGAGGUUGCAGGUUCGAUCCCUGGCCUUGCUCAGUGGGUUAAGGAUCCGACGUUGCCGUGAGCUGUGGUGUAGGUCACAGACCCGGCUCAGAUCCUGAGUUGCUGUAGUGUAGGGUGGCAGCUAUAGCUCCAGUUAGACCCCUAGGCUGGGACUAUCCAUAGGCCGCAGAUGCAGCCCUAAAAAGAAAAAGAAAAAAAAAAAAAAAACGACAAACAAAUUGCAAAGCUACUACCAUCACUGGGCAGAAUUAGUGGUUAUUUUUCUUUGCCUUUACAUUUCCCAGAUUUUCUACAGUCGUUAUUUUUCAAGAUCAGAAAACAAAACAGGCAGUGACUCGUGCCUGCUUUUACUUACCAUUUUGUUUUCUGGCUCCUCUGCAUUCCUCCCUUUCUUUAUUGUAAUUUGAACUUUGUAUUUUUUCUCAAUCCAUUGCUGAAUCUGUUUA